UUAAUUUACGUCAAUUCAUCUUUAAAUAAUUUUACUUUGAUAUUUUUAAAGAAAAUUUGCAAUAUUCUAAUUUUUAAAAAUGUCCAAACUCAACAUUUCUAGUAACUUCAACCAUGUUGAGUGAAUGUUUACUAAGAUAAUAGAUAGGCGGAAAAUUUUGUAGAUGUUAUCUUCAACAUGGAUUAUAUCCCUGCUAAUAUUAAUUUUAACGUCGAUAUUUGGUUUGUACAAAUAUUCCACAAGGCAUUUUGAUUACUGGAAAAAACGGGGAGUAUAUUAUAAGAAACCAUCACCGUUUUUUGGAAAUUUCUACGAAGUGUUUACUUUACAAACAUCGACGUUUGAAUUACUAAAGAAAAUGUAUGAAGAGACUGACGAACCGUAUUUUGGAAUUUUUGUUUUCGAUAAACCGAUUUUAGUUUUGAAAUGCCCGAAAUUGAUAAAAGAUGUUCUUAUAAAAGAUUUCAACGUGUUCUCCAAUAGGAGUAUAACACCUUCUUCUCAUAAUUUGACGACAUCCAAUUUUAUAUUCAUGCAAAAGGUUCCAGAAUGGAGAACCACCAAAUCCAAAUUAAGUCCAUUUUUUACUUCGUCAAUGAUGAAGAAUAUGUUCGUCACCGUAGAUUUGGUUUGUAAAAAUUUUGUGAAAUAUUUAGAGAAAUCACAUGGAAUCCUUGAUGCAAAACAAAUAGGAGGUCAAUUCUCUCUCGAGGUUAUUUCUAGAUGUUUUUAUGGUGUUGAUCCGCUGUCAUUUGAUGAACAAGUUUCGUCUUUUCGAAAACAUGUCGAAGGGAUUUUCGAAUUCAGUUUACGAAAUAUAUUCGUUCAGUCCUGUCACUUUUAUCAUCACUGGUUGGUUGAUACUUUAAAAUUAAAUUUCGUAGCAGCAAAUACCGAGACAUUUUUCAAAAAUGUAUUCAACUCUGCUAUGCAAGCAAGAGAAAAUUAUAAAGGGAAAGCUACUAAUCUGAUUGACGUCAUGAAUGCUUCGAAAGAUGAUUCAGAAUUGACGAACGCUUUUUCAAAUGCCAUUUUCUUCAUGGUAGCUGGCCAAGAAACCACAAGCUCUUUGAUCAGUUACGUUUUAUAUGAAUUGGCUCUUAAUCAAGACAUCCAAACAACUUUAAGAGACGAAAUAGAAAAUUAUGUACAAGAAUAUGGAGAUUUAACUUACGAAGAAGUGAAAAAUUUGAAAUAUCUCAACAUGGUUAUAAGUGAGGGUUUGCGUAAAUAUCCUGUGCUUCCUUUUUUGGACAGAACAGCAAUGGCCGAUUAUCGUCUGAAAGGAACUGACUUAGUAAUUGAAAAAGGAAUGACGGUUUACGUUUCCUUUUAUGCCACUCACAUGAAUCCACAAUAUUAUCCAGAUCCUGAAAAAUUUGAGCCCGAAAGGUUUUUGGACGUUGAUUUUAAUAACGAAGAUGGUUUGAAAUACUUUCCAUUUGGGGAUGGACCUAGAACCUGUACAGGAAAAAGAUUGGGUUUGCUUAUGGCGACCAUGGCCAUUUUCUAUAUCGUGUCAAAAUUUAAAAUAGAAAAAUGUGAAAGUACGCCAGUUCAAAUGGAAUUUGAACCCAAGAGUUUCGUACUACAUUCAAAAUAUGGUCUUACCAUAAAAAUAAUUCCCAUUCUCUUCAGUGAUAGUUUACGAAAUCACUUUAUUUUUGAAAACUGUUUACAAAUGCUCAUAACGUCGUCAUGGGUCCUGGACCUUUUCGGAUUAGUGGUAAUUUCGGGAAUUUCGAGUUACAUAUAUUUCACUAGAAAUUUUAAUUAUUGGAAGAAAAGGAAGAUUUAUAGUCCAACACCGAUACCGUUUUUCGGAAACUUUUUUGAUUCUCUUAGUUUCAGAACAACUAUUCACGAAAAUGUCAAGAAGUAUUAUGAUAGUACUGAAGAUCCCUUCUUCGGAUUGUACAUUUUAGACGAACCUGUUUUAGUGCUUAAAUCCCCCCAACUAACUAAAGAUGUUCUAAUCAAAGAUUUUACCGUUUUUUGCGAUAGAAGAGUAUCAACACCGAAACAUUCCGAUAUGCUUUAUUCGGUAUUUUUUUUGAAAUAUAAUCGAUGGAAAAAAGUUCGAUCGGUACUUUCCCCAUUAUUUCGUACUUCGGUACUCAAAAACAAUUACUUUCAUUUAGAUGACACUAAAAACCUUCUGAUUGAUUUUUUAUAUAAAAACAAUGGUCUUAUCGACGCCAGAUUGAUCGGAGGACAUUUCGCUACAGAAUUAUUGGCGAGGUGGUUUUUUCGAGUCAAUCCUCAUUGCUUCGAUGGAGGAGAAUCCAUAUUUAGGAGAUAUAUUCAUAAAUUAUUCGACUUCAAUUUCCGAAAUGCCGUUAUACAAAAUUUGUUUUUCAUCAAACCGUCGUGGGUUUCUUUCUUCAGAUUAGAUUUCGUAGUCGAUGAUGCUAUUAACACUUUUAAAGAUGUUUUAAUGACUUCAAUGGCUGCUAGGAAAGACCAAUUCAAUGGCAAUGUGCAAGAUUUAACCGAUUUAGGUAGCAAAGGUGUACUUGAAAAAGAAAAAACGAAUAAUGAUAAUAUGGUUUUUGACAUAGCAGUGUCGAAUACUAUAUUUUUUUUAAUUGCUGGUCAAGAGACAUCGAGUACUAUUUUAGCUUUUACAUUGUAUGAACUAGCAGUAAAUCAGAAUGUACAAGAUAAAUUGAGGAAAGAAGUUGAAAUCAAUUUACAAAAACACGGAGACUUUACUCAGGAUGGUAUCAAAGAUAACAAAUAUAUGGAAAUGUGUUUAAAUGAAACGAUGAGGAAGUAUCCAGCCUUACCAUUUUUGGAUAGAAUACCUAUUACGGAUUAUAAAUUUAAUGGUACAAAUUUCGUGGUCGAAAAGGGGACGUCGGUUAUCAUACCAUUUUUUGCAUUACAUAGAGAUGAAAAUUAUUAUCCGAAUCCCGACAAAUACGAACCAGAGAGAUUUUUGAACAAUAAUUUCAAUGUGGAUGGUUUGAAUUUUAUUCCUUUCGGAGAAGGACCUAGAGCAUGCUUAGGCAAGAGACUUGGUAUGAUGGCAUUAGCUAUAGCUAUGUCCAAUAUUAUAAUCAAGUUCAAAUUGGAAAAAUGUGAUGGAACUCCAGAAAAGAUAGAAUUCGAACCGAAAAAUUUUGCUCUAAUAUCAAAAGUUGGUCUACCGAUAAAAAUUACCCCUAUUGAUUGACAGUUUUUUCAAAUUGAAAAUAAUAAAGAUAUUUUUAUACCA